AUGUCCUUGAGCAUGCGAAGCCAGUCGCGCAGCUACGUGCGCCACGAGGCUUUCCUUCAUGCUAUCACCGAUAGGGAGCAUACGAAGUUCGUGGGAGGAACCGCCCUCCCAGGCGGCGAUUUUGUCCUCGGUUACGACCACCUGAUUCCAUCGGCAUAUCUGUCGUCUUCAAGACGGACCCUUCUGAAUUCCAAGCCGCGCACUGUGUCAAGGGGGCUGGACAAGUCCAGCCCCCGAGAUGCUGCUGACUUCCACCUCGUCCUACCCAUGAUCGCCAGGUUCCACCGUCUCGCGACAAACGGCUGUCCAGCAUGCUCCAGGGCCGGGAUGCAGCGCCUUGAGACCGAACUCUACGCUGACCUUGACAAACAGACAACAAUCUGUAUCAGAGGAGUAUCUGUGUACGGACAAGCCGGUGUUCUGGCACAAAACCUAGAACACUGCCUAGAGCCGUCGAGCCAUGACCCUGGAAGUCAUCACCUAAUCUCCGUCAGUCUCGUCGCUCUCCUGCGCCUGUGCGAUGAACAGAAGAUUCAGGACUGGGCGAACACUGGGGGGCAUUUUGUCCAGCUGGAAUGGACGUUUCCCGGCUCCAAUUACCCCAAAUUCACGACUCGCCAUGCUCUCAAUAAAAGCGAAACCCUUGGGAGAUUGAGCUUCAGCGGCGGCAUCGGUUGGGCCCAGAGGAUGUUGGAAACGGCCAAGGAGCUGGACUUGACCAACCCUCCGGCUCGAGGGCAACCCAGACCCUCCACGUGGGACCCAGUCGGGCUCCAUGGCGGGCCAAAGAUGCCCCUUCAACUGCCCCCGCUCACGUGCUGGGUCAAUCAAAGCUCGUUCCCCGGAUCUCUCAUGGAUUUCGUCCCUCGGUUGGAGUUCAUGGACGGCGCCUCCAAAGAAACAUGCUCGGAUACCGGAACCAGUCACGCUUCAUCGGACCUGGGCGACAACAUGGAGGGAUAUCUCACCAGCGAUUUCCUCCAUGGCGUUGAACUUGCAGACAGCCCGCUGAUUCGAGAGCAGUUGCGAAACGACUCUCUCCGGAGACAGAGGGCGGGUGCAGAGUUAAUUGUCCAUACCAAUCGCAUCAUUACUAGUCACUGGGCUGCAGUCCCACAAUCAAAGGACCGGUAAUUUAAGUCAAUAUUCUCUUGAAAAAUCAAGGGGAGUAUAUGGAGUCAGAAGCUGUGAGCACAGGAAAGGUUUCAGUUACUAACCAACCCUCAACCUAAAGUAGUCAGUACCAUUUUCCCGCUGCCGCAUCCACAGCUGACUGUUUUGCUCCAAGAACAAAACCAAAAAAGGUAAAUUCUGACCGCGGUCACUCACAACAUGACGACACAAAUGGGAGUCCACAACUCACCCCUUUCCACAGCACCAUCGUACAGCGCCGGCAAUGUGAGCAAAGUAGGCACUCGCUACUCUUGACCCUAAAGGGCAUGUCAAGAAGCGCCAAUGCCUACCUUGACCUACCUCCCAAUCAAUAAGAUAAUCUUCUGUGCACAAUAAUCGGGCGCAGAAUAACCCCUUGAGGUAGGUA